GCGAUGCUGGCGCGGGCGGGGCUGCGGGCCGGGCCCGGCCUCGGCCUGCUGCAGCGCUCCCAGCAGCUGAAGCAUUCAGUGUGUGUGGCCCAGCCACCGCGCCGCUUGACCUCUGGCCUGCCUGUGAAUAUCGGGGUGCUCUUUGUGCCGCAGCAGGAGGCUUGGGUGGUGGAGAGGAUGGGCAAGUUCCACCGAAUCCUUGAGCCUGGUUUGAACUUCCUCAUCCCUCUGCUGGAUCGGAUUCGUUAUGUGCAGAGUCUCAAAGAAAUUGUCAUUAAUGUCCCAGAGCAGUCAGCUGUCACCCUCGAUAAUGUCACCCUGCAGAUUGAUGGUGUGCUCUAUCUGCGGGUUAUGGAUCCCUACAAGGCCAGCUACGGCGUAGAAGAUCCUGAGUAUGCAGUGACCCAGCUGGCCCAGACCACCAUGAGAUCUGAACUUGGCAAACUCUCCCUCGACAGAGUCUUCCGGGAGCGGGAGUCCCUCAACGCCAGCAUUGUGGAUGCCAUCAACCAGGCUUCAGACUGCUGGGGCAUCCGAUGCCUGCGCUACGAGAUUAAGGACAUCCACGUUCCCCCACGCGUGAAGGAAUCCAUGCAGAUGCAGGUGGAGGCAGAGCGACGGAAGCGGGCGACAGUGCUGGAGUCAGAGGGGACGCGGGAAUCAGCUAUCAACGUGGCUGAGGGGCAGAAGCAGGCCCAGAUCCUGGCAUCAGAAGCUGAGAAGGCCGAACAAAUCAACAAAGCUGCUGGAGAAGCCAACGCCAUGCUGGUCAAGGCCAGGGCCAAGGCAGAAGCUAUUCAGCUCCUGGCAGCCGCUCUGGCACAGCAGCACGGCAGCGCUGCUGCCUCUCUCUCUGUGGCAGAGCAGUAUGUGAGCGCCUUCUCCAAGCUUGCGAAAGAGUCCAACACCCUCCUGCUGCCCGCCAACACCGGCGACAUCACCAACAUGGUUGCCCAGGCCCUGGGCAUCUACACCACGCUGACCAAGCCGCAAGCCACAAAGACUGAGGACGAGAUGCCCCCAGCCCAUGAAGACCCCCAGCUGCCCAUCACAGAGGUGCUUAAGGCAGAACAGGCCAGCUCCAGCUAGCGGGGACAGGAGGAUCCCGCACCCUCACCUGGGGUCUGCCGGGCUGCCAGCAGUCCUGUCCUGCUACCCUCCCUGGUCAG